AUGGAAAAUGAAGUUAGAAAAUUUGAAAGAGAGUGUGAUAAGCAAAGAGUUGGAUUUUUAGUUUCUAAUGUUUAUAUUUCUGACGAAGCUAUUAAACGAAUAGAAAAUAAUGAUAAAAUGUAUUUAUGUCAUGAAAAUGAAAUAGUUGAUGUUAUUAAGAAUGUUGAAAAACAUACACAUAAUAUAAAUGAGUUAAUUGAAGAAAUUGAGUUUUAUAAUGAAUUACAAAAAGAAAUAAUUAAGUUUAAAGAUUUUGAUAAACCUGUAAAAACUGAUAAAGAGAAAAAAACUAAAGGAAAAGUUUUUGAAUAUUUUCUUUAUGAAUUAGCAACACAUUAA